AUGGAAAAAAGAUCUUUCAGUUCCAUGCAGUAUCUUUCAACAGUGAUUGCAGAAAACUUUCUUGCAGGCCAUUCAACUUACAUCCUUACCUUCUCCGCUGAAGUUUCUUCUGCCACAAAAUCUGAAACUACACUUGAAUUGAGGAGGAUAUGUACAGAGUGA